ACCGGAGUUUCUGUAAGCAUCAAAAAAUUCACCAAAGUAAUCAAAGGAUAUGAUGCUCGGUGAGUCCCAUCACACAAAUCCAACGGUCCAAGUUCCUCCAUGGCCCCUCAACCUCGAUGAUUUGACCUCUGAUAUCUGUUCUCCUUACCCGGUCAGUGGUAUCUCCGGAGACUCCGACGGUAAUGCCAGCACCGGCGAUUACUCCCCGUUUUACUUGCAAGAGGCUCUCUCGGCGCUACAGCGUUAUCUACCCUCCAACGACGCCGACGUCGAUUCAGACACGGAGGUUCUGGGUCGGGACUCCGAUGCUCCGGUCGAUGCCUACUCCUGCGAUCAUUUCCGUAUGUACGAGUUCAAGGUGAGGAGGUGCGCGCGCGGCAGGUCACAUGACUGGACGGAAUGCCCUUAUGCUCAUCCCGGCGAGAAGGCUCGCCGGAGGGACCCGAGGAAGUAUCAUUAUUCCGGCACUGCAUGCCCCGAAUUUCGCAAAGGGAGCUGUAAGAAAGGGGAUGCGUGUGAGUUCGCUCAUGGAGUAUUUGAGUGUUGGCUUCAUCCGUCUCGUUAUCGUACGCAGCCGUGUAAGGACGGUACGAGCUGCCGGAGAAGGGUGUGCUUUUUUGCUCACACGCCUGAGCAGCUAAGGAUUCUGCCUCAGCAGAGUCCAAGGAGUGCUAACUCGGCAGAUUCAUACGACGGCUCUCCGUUGAGGCAGGCGGUUGAGUCUUCUUGUGCUAAAACGCUGCCGUUCAUGUUGUCUCCCUUGUCGGUUUCGCCGCCGGCUAGUUCUCCAACGGAAUCUCCUCCUCUGUCUCCGAUGGCGCAGUCUUUAAGCCGGUCCCCUUGUUCGAGCUCCAUCAAUGAGAUGGUGGCUACUCUCCGUAAUUUGCAGCUUGGCAAGGGUAAGUCCUUCUCGUUGUCCUCUUCUUGGAAUGUUCCUAUGGGGUCUCCCUGCUUCGGGUCUCCUAGGGGAUCCGUGCUCCGACCCGGGUUCUACAGCCUGCCCACCACCCCAACUCAGGCACCAACUCUCGCCGGCGGCAGCUAUUUUGAUAUUUGGGAUCUGAGUUGCGAGGAGGAGCCGGUAAUGGAGCGGGUAGAGUCCGGGAGGAACAUAAGGGCAAAGAUGUUCGAGAAAUUGAGCAAAGAGAAUUCCCUGGAGAGGUCGGACCCGGGUUCUUCGGGUGGAGCUCCGGAUGUAGGGUGGGUUUCAGAGCUGGUGAAGUAAAAUCGCACCACGUGGCGGCUCAACGUGUUUCUGAUAUCUUCCGUACAUGUCAUGUAAUUCUGGUGCCACGAUUCUGAUUUUCUCCCUCUGUGUGUGUGGAUGGAAUGUGAGGAAGAAGCAGAGAGAGGAACAGUAAAAAAGAUUUAUUUUGGAAGCUGUGGAUGUGAAUAUUUUAUUGUGAAGGAUAUGGGUUAAGAUCCAAAUUUCUUUUUGUUUUUUUUUUAAUUUGUGGGGAAAAUUUUAUCUGAAAAUUAAGACGAUCAUGGCAAGCAUUGUUCCGGGAGGCUACUGAAGUAUCAAAGCUUUUGUAUAGAGGUAGUUGAUUAUUGGUUAUUCCCAUAUGUUUUAUUUAUCUAAUAAUAUAUAUUUAUUAUUACUA